GGCAACGUGUAAACCAGGCGACAGAGGCCGCUCCAAACAAACGCACCUCCGGGGCGCCACACUUGACUCGUUGACGUGUUUUUUUCUUGGCCACUCGGCCCCCCUCAGGUUUACCGAACCACCAAGGGCAAUGUCCAAGGCACCGCCAAAGAAGAAGGAGCCCUCGCUCAGCAAAGCCUCUCUGUCCGACCGACAGACUGCGGCAGCGUCCCUACUUGCCAGUUCCUUGGAGAGCUUCGGGGCUGCGUGGGGCUGCAAGUUCCCCAUUUGGCCCGAGUGGAACGACGAAGAAGUCAAUAAGGAGAAGUGGGACUCGAGCAAAGGAGCUGAUGAGGGAAAGACAAACAAAAGUCCCAAUGCUCCAUUUUUUGAAGAACCAGAGGGGAAAAUUUCCCUGCCUCCAUCUUUGAAUGUGCACUCCUGGAAACGCCCUACAGAGUUUAUUGUCAACAAGUCUCCCGUCAUUGUUGAAAGUCAAAUGACGUUUGACCUCAUCUCCGCCAAUGAUCAUCUGAUUUGCAACGAGCUGAUGAGGUGGAUCAUCAGUGACAUCUGUACCGUGUCGACGCUGUGUAACAAGACAUCGACAGUGCAAGAUGGUUGGAAGCCUUGGGAUCACAUCUACUCGCUGUGUAGGGCGGAGAAAGGUCAUAUGCCGCUCUACAACAGCUAUGGGAAAUACUUGGUCAGGCUGUACUGGAUGGGUAGUUGGAGGAAGAUAACAGUAGACGACUGCAUGCCAUUUGAUGAAGAGAAUAACCUUCUCCUCCCUGCCUCCACCUGUCAGACAGAGCUGUGGCCGAUGUUGUUGGCUAAGGCUCUCAUUAAAGUGGCCAACACAAAUGAAUUGUCAGAGGUCUGUGGGGAGAUGGGCGAGUUCACCUUUAUCCACACCCUCACCGGCUGGAUCCCAGAAUUCAGGCCUGUAAAUUCUGGAGACCUGGGAAAAAUCUGGGAUUUCUUACAAGAUACCAUUCCUAUAUUUACACUCCCGGAGGAGAGUUUGCCAGAGAUAGAGCCUGUGACUCCAGUUUCAGGGAAAGGUUCCAGCUUGAAAGACGACAAGAGCAGGCUGCCAGAGCAAGAGAACAGUACCUCUGAGGUAGUGGUGUGUGCCAGCUGCUACCCUUUUCAGCCACAAAACAAUUCCUCUGGGUUUGGCCUGAUGGCUAAUUCCGCAGAGGUCCUGCGUCAGUACAGUCUCUCCUUGCUGUACAGCCACAUCACCCUGGUGACCAGAACCCGUUCAUGCCAGCUGGAGGCACCACCCCAACCAGCACCUGUGCCCCAAUGGAAACUCAUCCGCCCGCCCAAGGAGAUUGUGGUCACUGCUGAACCGCGUGAGCCUCCUUUGUCAAAACCGGAGCAGUUCAUUGAGGUUGCCAGCCCUUUUCUCUCCUACCGCUUCAAGAGCAGCGUUGGCUCAAUCCCAGAGCUAGAGGCCAAACAGGGUGCUCAGAGUUCCUAUGCACCCCUUCUGGUGCCUAUUGCUGAGAGAGAGGAGACUGACUGCCAACAAGGCCUUGAGCCUGAUGCAUCUGAACACACCACAAACUCACUGAACAGCAAUGACGUAAAAAAGGUUAUUGCAGAGGACAGGAAGAAGGACGGUGGUGACAUCUCCAGUGAUCGACAUAAAACAGCAACAAAGGAGCCUGUAACUGAAGAAACCCCUGUCAAACCCAUUUUAGAGAAGACCUGGAUGGACCUCGAUGACUUUGCUACAUGCUUUCAGACUCUGUUGGUGUUCCAUAACUCACAGAUCUACCCACAUAAUUCCCAUUCAUCUAAUUUUAAGUGCACCGUCUUGUCCAGAACUGCAACAGGUACGGGAUUGUCUUCACACACUCUUACCACUGGAUCCCUCCAUGUGACAUCUGCUGUUGCAAGCCCUGAAUGUCCGGAGGUGAGAGGAACUUCCUACCUGUGUGUGGACAGCGUGGAACCUUCCGAGAUCCUCAUAAGCUUCUCAGUUCUGCUUAUCUGGGGAGAAACCACUGAGGAGAAAAAGGAAAUGUCAGCAGCGUGUGGGUCUGCAGCUCUCACCGCCCAGCCGCACUCCUGGAAGAGUGUGCAGUCUCAGCUGCCUGUUUUCACCAUCAAAACCACUUCUUCCAAGGCAGCCAUGCUCAACUUACCUGCAGGGCGCCAUGUAUUGUCCUUCCACACAAAGGCAGCACUGGGCUACCAUGUCCACCUGUGCAGCAGGACACCUUUCGUCUUCGGGGAUGAAGAAACAGUAAUGCCACAACUUACUAAGGAAAGCACUCGUUUCACUGAGCAGGCUUCUUCCAUCUUACGAGCCCUGUCCAGAGUGGUGACUUCCUUUAGUGAUGAGCAUGACCAUUCGACAACCAGAAAAGCCCUGGAAGAGGCUCACUGUCCCCGAAACAUCAACACCACACUGGAAAAAUUGGAGCACCUCAAGGUUUUUAACUCUGCAGUUUACCACAUGUUGUGUGGGGCUUUGGACCGAGAGCUGACCGCAGAGGAGCAGUUUGCUGUCCUGGCCCUCACUGCUGACCCUUCCCUCUUGGCCUGUGGCUGCGAAGAAGACUCUCCUGCAUUAGAUGCAGAGUCAAAUCUCCCAGAAAACUGGAAAGAUGGGGAGCCCUCAGACCAUGAGCCCUCAGACCAGGAGGUCAAUGCCGACGCUACUCUGCAAGCUGGAUUCAAAGGGCACUCUGUGCAAGAAAUCCUUAAUGCCGCAAAACCUGGCACAGAGGAGAACCUCAGUGCUUCCAAGAUCCUUUUUGACAUGUGGCCACAGGUUGAAUCAGAUGCAGACAAACAUGCUGUAUUUUUGCUACGGUACAUCAUUGACCACCACUUUGAGAGGAAAGCACAGCUCUUCCCCUGUCAGCAGGACGAGUGGACCAAUACCACCUUUGUUGAUUACUCUGUCUCUCUUCAAGACACAGCCAACUCCUGGGUCUUGAUUUUCAGAGAGGUAUUCCUGGUUCCUGAGGAGAUGCUGCUGGCAGCAAAGGUUUACUCCCCAAUCCCUAAUUGUCUGCUGCAUGUCAUAAAUAACGACACUGGAGAGAAGCUGGACAUGGUCCUAAACAAACUAGCAAUCCAUGUCUUUCAACCCAACAAGCUUGGCUAUACCUUCGUAGCAGAGGCUGUGACACCUGAAUCGCCUCCUGUUGGUGCCGAGUGGAGGAUGCGAUUGAUCAGCUCAAGGGAACCCCUUCCAAAACUGACCCGUGAGGCUCCGCUCAACACGUUCUCAGUAAAGGAAUUCUGCGAUUAUUACAUUCCCAAUGAUGACAACCUCAUAUGUCGUUACUCUGUGCAGGUGACAACAGACGUCCAAGGAACAAUUCAGUUUCAGACUUCGAUGCAAGAUGUGUUGAUACGUCUGUCAAUUCUGGACCAGGGUAAAGAGGUGGCCAGCAACACUGGCAAAGGCCAUGUGGUAAUUCCUAUCUACUUCUUCCUGGCAAACAAAGAUGAGAAGAACCAGGAGAAGAGUGGAUGCACCUCCCAGGAAAAGGGAGUCAAGGUGGAAGACGCACCCCAACAAAAACCUGGGAAAUCAGACUUGUCUCCUAACCAGCACCAGCCUCCCACCGAGAUUAUGGAUCAGAAGUAUAUGGUGCAAGCAGAAGUGCUUUAUAAGAGCUGGGAACUGGAUGAAUCUCGGUUGGCUUUUGUCCAAACGCUCAGAGACUUGGAGAAGAAGGAAAGGAGAGCAAACGAGCUUGAAGAAAUGAAAAGUUCAUCCACCCCUGAAACACCGAGCCGCAAGUCCGACACACAAAAAAACAACCGCAAAGGCGCAAAGGCGAAGGGGAAGGCAGCUGCCACGGCCAAAGCCGAAGCCAGACCGGAAACGGUCCUUGACCUGACUAAGCCGCAUUGGACGCUGCGUGUGGUCACUGACGAGAGUGAGGCAGAGAGCAUCGAGGCGGAGAAGGACACCGAGAGAAUGGACCAGAUUACAUCCAUUAAAAAAGCUUGGGAAACGGUUGAGCCAGGCCGCUGUGCCAAGGCUUUACAGUCUCGUCUUCAGUUUCUUAACCCGGUCCAACCUCAAGAAGACGCAGCAGAAAGCACUAAGCUUGCUGCUCCCAAAUGUGAUGCUGACACCUCUCUGUCCAAUGAAAAGCUGACUGAUACCUCCUCCACCUGUCCCAUCAUGGAUUACACACCCUUCAUCAGAUGCCAAAAGGAGUUUCCAGUGCUGUUGGACACACAGAUGGAGGAGAUCCAGAUGAGGGAGCGCUUGGAAAGCAUCCAGACCUACCGUUUGGUCCGAGACAAUGUGCUUGAGCACCAGAAACAGCAGGAGCUCAACAGGAAAGAACUGAUGAGACGCCAGCCGGGGAUUUAUGAGAACAUGCAGGCGGACUUGUGGCAGCGCUGUAAGAGAUUUCUCGAAGCUUGCGAGGCAUUAAGUAGCCAUCCGGGGCCGGGUGAGAAAAAGGAACGGGAAGAGAAACCGGCGCUGGAGGAGGACCAGAAGGCAGUUUGAGAAAAAUCCAUCCCCCUCCCAGCAGUCGAACAAAUGUGCCAAGUGUCCUGGCAAGAAGAAAUGAUGGUCCUUGGCACCGACCUCGCGUCUCACUCUCCUCUCAGACGCCCCUCAACAAGUCGAACACUGAAGGAUCUUCGUUUAAUCACAGCUUUGUUGUUUGUAUUUGAUGAAACAACACUUGACCAAAGGAUUUUUGCUGCACCUAAAUCAAAGCCGCAAGCGCUAUCCUCCCUUUUUGUCUUUUCACUGCACAUAUCUACACAUACCUUUAAUCUGUCAUCAAUAGCCUGUUUUAACAAAGCCACUUCACUUACAAACGCAAUCUUUGUAGUUCCUGUUGAAAUAGAACAUGGCCGUUACUGUCUGUGUGCAGAUACGUAAAUCCACCGAGAAUGUCAGGCCAUCUCACUUGCCAGGUGUGACUCGGACUUUGACACACAGCCUGAAUAGAUUCUGCAGGUCUUUUGAUUUCUUGAAGGUCACUGUAUUGACUGUGUGACCCGAGGCAAUGCCCGAUAAAUUCAACCUCCCACAAGCUGAGUGGUACUGAUUGAUUGGUUGGUUGAUUGAAAGAAGUCCACAAGAGUCCAUUUGUACAAGAACAAGACAAAAAGGAUGUGUAUGAAAACGAAGAUAUUCAUGGGUUGGAAGUAGAUCUCAAGGCUGAAGUAAAAUGAACAAAUGGUUAGGUUUCUAAUAUGCAUAAAACUUGUGUGCUUUAAAAAAAAGGAAUUUGAUGUGGUAAAACAAGUGACCUUUACUUUAGCUUUGUAUAUUAAGUGCAUGUGGUUUGUCAUCCCACAGAGAGUCAGCUGAUCGGCUGAGGAAUGGGAAGCUAAAUUGGAAAUGAAAGGGAAGAUGGUGCCAUCUAGUGGCCGUGGACGUUAAUAAAUCCUCAUUACCACGCCUGCACUAGGUUGUUUUCAAGGUUGACAAUAAUGAAUAGUUCAAUUUUUGUGCAGCCGCAUGAAGAAAAUUAUCUCUAAGCCGUGUGUGUGCACGUGCGUGCUAGAGUGUGGUGAUGUGCAAGCGUGUGUGUGCAAGAUGGGAUGAAAGGAAUUGUUUGUUGCCUUCUUGUGUUUAUGUGCAUGUGCAAAGUCAUCCUGCAGUAAUCUGCUCCGCUCCACAGCCUUUGUAUCCUGUUGCUGACGACUCCCCUAUUAAAAUUCUUCGAUGUA